AUGGAUAAUCAGAACAAUGUAACCGAAUUCUUCUUGGUAGGGUUUACUAUCUCCCCAGAACUACAAUUGUUUCUCUUUGUAGUUUUCUUAUGUGUUUACUUGCUGACUGUGACAGCUAAUGUUGCUAUCAUUAAUUUGGUCCGUGUGGACACCAGACUUCAUACUCCCAUGUAUUUCUUCCUCAGUCAACUUUCUUUUCUUGAAAUCUGGUACACAUCCUCCAUUGUUCCUAAACUAUUGGCUAAUUUAGCAGGAUGGAAAUAUAUGUCAUUUUCUAGUUGCAUGUCACAAAUGUAUUUCUAUUUUUCUUUGGGCUCAACUGAGUUUUUCCUCCUGGGAGUAAUGGCCAUUGACCGUUAUUUGGCUAUUUGUAACCCAUUACGUUACACAUCAAUUAUGAACUGUCAAGUAUGCAUACAGGCAACAUCAGCUUGUUGGGCAGUUGGUUUCCUCUCUGUGUUUUUUUUGGUAAUUUUGAUAUCUCGAUUGACAUUCUGCCAGCCUGCUAUAAUAAACCAUUUCUUCUGUGACAUACCACCACUCCUUCGACUUUCUUGCAAAGAGACAUUCCUGGAGGAGAUUGUGGUAUUCUUCUUUGCCUGCAGUAUCAUCCUUACUUCCCUGCUUCUUACUGUUGUGUCUUAUGUGCUCAUAAUUUCCACCAUCUUUAAGAUCUCUUCAAGCAAAGGGAGACAAAAGGCCUUUUCUACUUGUGCUUCCCAUUUUACAGUAGCGACCAUUUUGUAUGGCACUGUCAUAUUUAUAUAUGUAAGACCUAAUGUGUCUUACCCAUUGGAUGUAAAUAAGGUAAUGGGUAUCUUCAACACAAUGGUGACUCCUCUGCUCAACCCCAUUAUUUACUGUCUGCGUAACAAAGAGGUGAAAGAGGCUCUGAGGAUGAUAUUGAACCUAAAGCUCACAGUAAGAAAUGGAAUGCCAUAUAAAGCAAAUUAA